CGUGCAUGUCAAGUGAUGAUCAUCAGGCGCCUACAAUCAUGGACUCGCCAGUGAAUCAGCAUUCAGGUCAUGAUAAGCCACUGUCUUACGCUUCGGUUGUUGCUCGGUCUAGUUCUCCAGGAGGUAAAGCACUCUCUUCAUCCAGUCUAGAAUCUAGUGUCCUUACUGCUGCAACAAGAAUGCUUUAUUCCGAUGCCGUCCAGCUGCACCCACCUUGUUCUUCGUUGUCGCAAAGGCAACUGCCUUGUUCUAAGUUAUCGCAAAAGCAGACACUUGAACAGUCCAGGGUCCAUCCUAAAUUGCAACAGCAGACAAGUUCACCAGUCGCUCACAUUGUCGAUAUGAUAUCUAACACCCAGGAAGAUGAAGACAUUCAUGACUUAAAUCAAACAGCUUCUCCUUCCCUAGAGUUACAUGAACGCCUUCCUUACAGAGUGAUGGCAUCACCAAAUUUCAGUUGGGGUUCACUGAAUGGUGUUGAAGUGAUGAGUCAAAUAGAACAGGCUUACCAAGAAGUUGUUCAUUGGAGAAGGAAUUUAUUUCAAGUACCAUACGGUUCUACUGGUAAAAUGUUCGCCUCCGAACUUGCCAGAUUGUUUCAUGCGUAUGCAAGUGCAUCUGCUCUUGAGUGUGUCUCAUUGACUGCUGCUAUGGUGAUGCCCCAUCUUCUGCUACAGAAGCCACACAAGCGGUCCAGAGGUCCUGAUCAUGUCUCUUGUCUGACCCGUCGCUUAGAAGCCUGGAAGGCGGGUGAUAUCAAGGCUCUGUUGUAUGAAGCCAAGACGAUCCAACAACAUCUAACUUAUAGUAGGUCUUCUAACAAGGCAACCAAAAUCGACGAUCUUCCUCACGUUUUCGCUGGUCAUUUGAAGAAAGGAAAUGUGAAUGCUGCUAUGCGUUUACUGUCUGAUGAAGGUGCUAAUGGUCUUUUACACCUGGAUGACUACCUGACAAAUUCAAGUCAAAAAACCGUGAGAGAUGUACUCAAAGAAAAACAUCCAAAUGCUUCUUCCCUCGAUCCUGACUAUGUUGUGAAUUCUAAAGAGAACGCUUCUCCAGUCCAUCCUGUCUUGUUUGAUUCUCUUGAUGGACAACUGAUCAGGAAUACAGCAAUGCGAUGUUCUGGUGCAGCUGGUCCUUCUGGCCUUGACUCGACUCAAUGGAAACGCCUGUGUAAGGGAUUUCACACUUCCUCCAAAGAUCUCUGUAAUGCUCUAGCUGCUGUUGCUCGUCGAAUUUCAACAGAGAUAGUAGAUCCUGACGGUAUCUCAGCUCUAGUGGCUUGUCGUCUUGUACCUCUGAACAAAAAUCCUGGGGUGAGACCAAUUGGUGUGUGUGAGACAGUUAGAAGAAUUAUUGGAAAGGCGGUUCUUUCUGUGGUCAAGUCUGACGUGCUCUCGGCAACCGGAACCUUGCAGCUUUGUGCAGGACAGAUUGCUGAGUGUGAGGCUGCAAUACAUGCCAUGCAGUCAUUGUUUGAAGAUGACAAUACGGAAGCCAUACUACUUGUAGAUGCAACAAAUGCCUUUAAUAGCUUGAACCCCUUCACCCCUAUUCGUUGGUGGGGAAGUCUUGUUGUCGCGUGA